CAUUCCGCUUGGCGCUCAUAUGAGAGCAGAGAGUGGACGCGAUUGGCUGUCGCUUCAGCAGCGCAGUGUCCACGCACAAAACCCCGAGAGCGCACCAGACGCACCACACACAUCACACUUCUCACACACUUUCUUCAUCGACACCAUCACACUACAGCUUCGGGCUUUUCUUUUUCGCUCGUGUGAUGAUAUCUUGUAGGAGAGUUAAGCACUCUUGACCAACAUAUCGUGUUCUAAUAAAGCUUUCCUUGGCACCAUGGAUCGCCUGCUGGUUCUCCUUCUGGGAUGGAGCUGCGUGUGUUCUGGAUAUUGUGCCAUGCUGAAAGAUCACUUCUCAAGACUAACGAAGGAUUUUGGACACCAAACGGACACGUAUCAGUCGGAGAAGUCCGUACAGGAUACAGUGUCUGAGCACAUGCAGAUGCUCUACAGCAAAUACACAAGCGCGAGCUUUCCGCUCCGGGACGGAAACACGGUGCGCAGCUUCAAAGCGCACCCGGGUACCAUCAACAACAAACAGCUUCAAAUAUUCAAUUUAACAUCCCUAACUAACUCAGAGGAUGUUCUCUCAGCAACGCUGCACUAUUAUAUGGGAGACUUUCUGAACAGCAGCCAAAGAUGCUUGAAGUCUAAAUCCUGUGCUCGUCAUGGCAUCAGGCGUCACAGCAACAUUCACCUGAGGAUCUGGAGCUUCGCCUCUGUGAAUGACAGUACCAGAACCCUCGGACACGUCCUCAUUAACGUCUCCACAAUGUACAGAGACUUCAUAUCUUGGCAGUGGAGGGACAUCACUCGUGUAGUCAAUGAAGCAAAGCAUCAUGAUGAGCUUCUCAUCGGCAUCGCUGUCGAUUCACAAGGACAACAACCAUGGAAGAAGCUCAUGUCUGACCAUUCACCCUACAUUCUGGUUUACGCCAACGACUUGGCUAUCUCCGAGCCCGAAAGUGUGGUGUCCACUCUCCAGAGACACAAAGGGAGCUUAGUGCCUGGACUUCAGAAACUUAGACUACACAACCACAAUAGCACUUUACCACACAGGACGAAGCGCUCCGCCAAUGUCCUUUUACCAUUGCAGAACAACGAGCUCCCAGGUCCCGAAUACCCGUAUGAGAUCCACACCUGGGAUGAGACUAGCCCAUAUGACCCUGUUGAGGACAAGGCAGCCAAGCGAUCUCGCAAGAAACCUCGCAAGAACCCAAGAGACAAAAACCCUCUUCUGCAGUUUGACGAACAGACCAUAAAGAAAGCAAGAAAAAAGCAAUGGAACGAGCCAAAGAACUGCGCUCGCAGAUAUCUGAAGGUGGACUUCGCCGACAUUGGCUGGAGUGAAUGGAUUAUCUCUCCAAAGUCUUUUGAUGCGUAUUACUGUUCAGGAUCCUGUCCGUUCCCAAUGCCAAAGUCCCUGAAACCUUCCAACCAUGCCACCAUCCAGAGCAUCGUUCGAGCAGUCGGGGUUGUCCCUGGCAUCCCAGAGCCCUGUUGCGUCCCUGAAAAGAUGUCCUCACUCAGCAUCCUUUUCUUCGACGAGGACAAGAACGUGGUCCUGAAGGUCUACCCGAACAUGACAGUGGACUCCUGUGCUUGCCGAUAAUGUCUCGUGUUAUCCGUUCACACACCAGACGCUGCCUGAUCAUCUGAGCUUCCUGUUUAUCCCAUUCCCAUUUUGCACUGGAUGAGAGACUACAUCCCUGUAGCUACAUGAAGAUUUCUCCGUUCUAUUUCUAAGGACAACUGCAAAUUUGUAAAGCUUCAUGUCUGAAUGAACUGUCUGGAAGUAAACCACAGAUUUUGCAAAAUUACUCACUCAUCUGAACACAAGUCAUUCUGUGACAUGGCUGUUAUAAACUUUUGAAGAGACUAUUGUUUUUUCUUUUUUUUCUUUGGAUGUGUAGAUUUUUGUGUGGUGAGGAUGUAGGGAUGAACGAUAAUAUGAAAAUGUACAGGGUUUUUUCUCUUUCUUUCACUAUUAAGCUGUUACUAUUACUUUACAUUUACUAAACUCAUAAUCUAAUAUUAACAUUCUUAUCUAUUGCUGCUAUAUAAAGAGAUAUAUUUUAUUCCAACACCAAAAUGUUUUUUUAUGAACUCAGUAUGUCGACGAAUUAAUCAGCAGCAUUGUAACGAGUGAUUUAGUACAAUACUCACAAGCACCAUUUGCUGUAGUCUGUUCAAAUAAGCUCCUUAAGAACAUAAAUUAGAAUGAUAAAUAAGUAAAACGAAUGAAGCAAUAUUUGUUUUUACUGAUAGAACUUGUACACAGACCACAAUCCUUGGCCACAUGUAGCUUCCUUUCAGUCUGAUCUCAGUCUGAUCUCAGUCUGAACUCACUGACCAAGUGCCCUUGUUGACUUCAUAUUGUGUAAUUCUACAUGAACGUUAAUGUGAUCAUGCAUUUUUUUCCUGUAAAUACCACUAUUCUGGCUCAGAAUAUAGUAACUUUGUGAUUUAGCAAGGUGUCACAAUUUACCCAAGUUUCAGAAAAAAUGCUUAGAAGCAAACAAACCUCUUUUUGUCUGUUAUUGUAAACGUCACAUAUUUUAGGGCCUUGCGUAUGAAUGUUUUUCUUUCAAAUGUGGAAUAAACUUCAAUAUGCCAAGUUACAAAUAACAGAGUAUACUAAUUAUAACACAUACGAAAAUAUGUAUUUGUAUAUAAGAUAUGGUUCUCCAAAAGUGCCUUCCAAAAAGAUAUUUUAAAUAUGAUAAAAUCAGUUCAUUUGGCAUUUAUCUAUAAAAUUAACAAAAUAUUUGUUCCUUCAUUCUGUUCCUUUCUUUUACUUCUUAUAUUUACACAGAAAAAUAAUGUUAGCCUCUAUUCAAAUGCAUGGUAAUAAAUGUAUAUUUUCCGAUUGGACAUUUUAUACACAUGCAACAUAUGCAGAUUAAAGAAAAAUAUAUGUAAAACUAUCUUAAUAUAUAACACACAAAAAAAUAAAAAUAAAAAAUACAGAGUGCUCCUUCAAUAAUUGUAUAAUAUAUUUUUACAGAAAGGCUUCCUAUAUACUAUACUAUGUAAUCUAUUGUGUAAAUGAUUUAGGUGUAAGGUUGUGCUUGUAUAAUAAGCUUCAUAAGAAAUUAUAUUUGUAUAUGGAAAUGAGCUUUAAAUGCAUUUAUUUAUUUUCUGUAUGUUACAUAUCCUGUCAGUUUUUUUUUUUCUUUUGGGGCAAAGAAAGCCUUCAGUGAGACGGAGCCUUCACAUGAAUAAUGUAAAUGCGUUUAGAGUUACUGACUGAAAGUUUGUUUCUGUUCAUUUACCCCACCUGUAAAGUUGCUUUUUUUUAAAAGGCCAUAAAUAAAGUUUUAUUGUCCCACUGA